AAGUGCAAAUAUUUAAGGAGCCAGAAACAAUGGAGGUGCAUCAGUUCAACAUGAGCCGCUUCCCUCUCUUUUGCCUCCUUGGUGCCCUCCUGGUAGUCGCCCUCUCUGAGGCCUGCCGUCACGGGAAUGGACAUUCCGACUCUGAUAGCGACGGUGACUCAGGCUCCUCCAGGCGGAAGCGGUAUGCUGACGAUUCUUCACAUUCUGAUGACUCUUCUCACUCCGAUGACUCUUCUCACUCUGAUGAGGAUUCACACUCUGAAGACGAUUCGCACCAUCACGAUCACGAUCACGAUCACGAUCAUGGUCAUGGAAAAUAUGUCGGAGCAAAGGGAUCAUACGGUAGCGGGGCUUCUAUAAAAACUAAGGAGAAGAAAAUUGGAGCUGGAGCAGUCGGCGGCAGUGGCGCUAAGGCCAGUGUAGACCACUAGACCAAUCAAUAUUGGAUAUAAAUACUGUAUAAUAUCGGUAAAUAACAAUGAGAAUUUGUAACAUAUAUGUAUGCAUACAAAAUAUUUUAAUAUAAAUAUAUAGUCAAGCAAA